AUGGCUGCUGGCACGGGCGCGCCCGGCGCCGUGGCCCCGCUGCAGCCCGCGGGGGGCGGCCGGGCGGGGCGGGGGCACGGCUCGGCUCCGCUCCGCUCCCCCGGCUCGUCGGUUAUUUCGGGAUCUUCACAGGAAGCGAUUAGGUUGCCAUGGAGAGAGGUGUCUCCAAGGGACCCGUCGCUCCAGCUCGCUCCGGCGAAUGCCACCCCCGGACCGGUCCGUCCUUGGGGGCGGAGGCCCCCCGGGAUCCCCCUCCCCCGGGCCGCCCCCCGGGGCUCAUCCCCGCCGCCCCUCGCCUUUCCGCCCCGCGGCAGUGCCCUCGGGGAGAUGCCAGCCCUCGGUCCUGCCCCCCGUCCCCCGUCCCCGCAUCCAUCAUCCCCGGGCUUCGGGCCCCCGGGCCCCGUGGCCGCCGCGGGACCGGGCGGGGGGCGGCGGACGGACGGACGGGCGGCCCCGGCGGGGCAGGCGGCGCGGCUCGGUCGAGCCUCACGGGCAGAGCCCCUGGGACACACGGGGGAGCUCUCAGCCAACAUUACCUGCCCUGCCUCUCCUUUCAUCCUGCUGUAUGGAGAAGCCCAAAUAUUGCUGGCUCUGAGAAUACACACUGACAGACUUUCCUGCUUCCCUGGGUCAUCAUGAUCUUCCUGAAGAAAUGCCUGUUGGAUGAAAUGUGUCUUGGUCCCAUUUUACCCGACUUGAGUGUAGGAAAUGCUCCUCACUGCUCCGUUCAUUGAGGACCCAGGGUAGCUUCCAGCAAUGCCCUGAGCCACUGGGUGUGAGGCACUUUCCUAGGAGAGCUCAUGGACUGUGCCCUCGCUCAGUUAC